CGGGCCGGGGCCUAGGCGGAGCUGCGAGCGAGCUGAGCGGUCGGCGGCGCAGCACGGAGGCCAAGCGGGCCGAGGCGGCCGAGCGUCCGGCGCAGGCACUGGUCCUUCCUCUGCCAGGAGUCUGGUGGCCCCCUAUGUGACCACAGUUUCUGUUCCAUACCUCCUAUGGAGUGCUGGAGGGAUGUGUGUGGCAGCCCUUGGCCCCAUACCCACUCCUGAGAUACCACCUACCACAGACUGGCCAGCUACCAUUUUUCCUGUUCGUGUAGCUCCCUGGUUGGACAACUGCUGCCCGGGACAGGUGACCUGGGCGCCCCAUUAGGGCAACGGCCCCUGCCCCACGGGCCAGGAUCAUGAAAGGCCUCGGUGACAGCCGCCCCCGCCACCUCUCCGACAGCCUGGAUCCACCACAUGAGCCCCUGUUUGCAGGGCCUGACCGCAACCCCUACCUGCUGUCGCCCACAGAGGCCUUUGCCCGGGAAGCCCGCUUCCCUGGGCAGAACACGCUGCCCGGGGAUGGGCUCUUCCCACUAAACAACCAGCUGCCCCCACCAAGCAGUACCUUUCCCCGUAUCCACUACAACUCUCAUUUUGAGGUGCCUGAGGAGAGCCCAUUCCCUAGCCAUGCCCAAGCCACCAAGAUCAACCGGCUUCCUGCCAACCUCCUGGACCAGUUUGAAAAGCAGUUGCCCAUCCAUCGUGAUGGCUUCAGCACCCUCCAGUUCCCACGGGGUGAGGCCAAGGCCCGAGGUGAAAGCCCAGGCCGCAUCCGCCACCUGGUCCACUCUGUUCAGCGGCUCUUCUUCACCAAGGCACCCUCACUGGAGGGCACCACAGGCAAGGUUGGUGGCAAUGGGGGCAAGAAAGGUGGCCUGGAGGACGGCAAGGGCCGGAGGGCCAAAAGCAAGGAGCGGGCCAAGGCUGGGGAGCCGAAAAGGCGGAGCCGCUCCAACAUCUCAGGCUGGUGGAGUUCUGAUGACAACUUGGACGGUGAGAGUGGUGCCUUCCGCAGUGGCCCUGCCUCAGGGUUGAUGACACUAGGCCGCCAGCCAGAACGCAGCCAGCCCCGCUACUUCAUGCAUGCCUACAACACCAUCAGCGGGCACAUGCUCAAAGCCACCAAGAACACCACCACCGAGCUGACUGCCCCACCACCCCCGCCAGCUCCCCCUGCCACUUGUCCCAGCCUUGGGGUGGGCACCGAUACCAACUAUGUCAAACGUGGCUCCUGGUCCACUCUGACCCUCAGCCAUGCCCAUGAGGUCUGCCAGAAGACCUCAGCCACCUUGGAUAAGAGCCUGCUGAAGUCCAAGUCUUGUCACCAGGGUCUGGCCUACCAUUAUCUACAGGUGCCCGGCGGCGGUGGAGAGUGGAGCACCGCGCUGCUGUCCCCUCGAGAAGUGGACACCACAGCGGAGGGCCCCAUCCCGUGCCGGCGCAUGCGCAGUGGCAGCUACAUCAAGGCCAUGGGCGACGAGGACAGUGAUGACUCUGGCGGUGGCAGCCCCAAGCCCUCACCCAAGACCGCAGCGCGGCGACAGAGCUACCUGAGGGCCACCCAGCAGUCUCUAGGAGAGCAGAGCAACCCCCGCAGGAGUCUGGACCGUCUGGAUUCAGUGGACAUGCUGCUGCCUUCCAAGUGUCCCAGCUGGGAAGAGGACUACAACCCCAUCAGUGACAGCCUCAAUGACACGAGCUGCAUCAGCCAGGUUUUUGGACAGGCCUCCUUGAUCCCCCAGUUGUUCGGCCAUGAUCAACAGGUCCGAGAGGCAGAUCUGAGCGACCAGUACGAGGCAGCCUGUGAGUCGGCCUGCAGCGAAGCUGAGUCCACAGCAGCAGAAGCUCUUGAUUUACCACUGCCCAGCUACUUCCGCUCACGAAGCCACAGCUACCUGCGAGCCAUCCAGGCAGGCUGCUCGCAGGAGGAGGACAGUGUCUCCCUGCAGUCCCUCUCCCCACCGCCCAGCACUGGCAGUCUCAGCAACAGUCGCACGCUUCCAAGUUCAUCAUGCUUAGUGGCAUAUAAGAAGACCCCGCCACCAGUCCCUCCACGUACCACAUCAAAGCCGUUCAUCUCAGUCACGGUCCAGAGCAGCACUGAGUCUGCUCAGGACACCUAUCUGGACAGUCAAGACCACAAGAGUGAGGUAACAAGCCAGUCGGGCUUGAGCAACUCAUCAGACAGCCUGGACAGCAGUACCCGACCACCCAGUGUGACACGGGGUGGAGUUGCCCCAACCCCUGAAGCCUUGGAGCCACCCCCGAAACAUGCAGCUCUGAAGAGUGAACAAGGAACACUGACAAGCUCUGAGUCCCAUUCCGAGGCCAUUCCCAAAAGGAAACUGUCAUCAAUAGGAAUACAAGAGAGGACUAGAAGGAACGGUUCCCACCUCUCGGAGGACAACGGACCCAAAGCGAUCGAUGUGAUGGCGCCCUCCUCAGAAAGCAACGUCCCCUCUCACAGCAUGUCCUCCCGACGGGACCCUGACUCGGAUACCCAGGAUGCCAAUGAUUCAAGCUGUAAGUCAUCUGAAAGGAGCCUCCCAGACUGUACCCCACACCCCAACUCCAUCAGCAUCGAUGCUGGCCCCCGGCAGGCCCCCAAGAUUGCCCAGAUCAAGCUCAACCUCUCCUAUGGAGACAGCAGCGACCCUGCCCUAGAGGCGUCCUCUCUGCCCCCACCUGACCCCUGGCUGGAGACUUCCUCCAGCUCCCCGGCAGAGCCAGCACCGCCCGGGGCCUGCCGUCGAGAUGGUUACUGGUUUCUGAAGCUCCUUCAGGCAGAAACAGAGCGGCUGGAAGGCUGGUGCUGCCAGAUGGACAAGGAGACCAAAGAGAACAGCCUCUCUGAAGAAGUCUUAGGAAAAGUCCUCAGUGCUGUGGGUAGUGCCCAGCUCCUGAUGUCCCAGAAAUUCCAGCAGUUCCGGGGCCUCUGUGAGCAGAAUUUGAACCCUGAUGCCAACCCCCGUCCAACAGCCCAGGACCUGGCAGGGUUCUGGGACCUGCUGCAGCUGUCCAUCGAGGACAUCAGCAUGAAGUUUGAUGAGCUCUACCACCUCAAGGCCAACAACUGGCAGCUGGUGGAGACCCCCGAGAAGAGGAAGGUGAGCAUGGAGCAGUGCGGAGGGGAAGUCCAGGGACAAAUUCCUGGUCGGCAAUAACGCUGCCCACAUCGGAAGAGAAGAAACCACCCCCUCCAGUCCCGAAGAAGCCAGCCAAAUCUAAGGCAGCAAUGAGCCGUGACAAAACCUCAGACGUGGGGGACAAGCAGCGUCAGGAGGCCAGAAAGAGACUCCUGGCAGCCAAGCGGGCAGCGUCUGUGCGGCAGAACUCGGCCACAGAGAGCGCGGACAGCAUCGAGAUUUAUGUCCCUGAGGCCCAGACCAGGCUCUGAGACCAUGAGGAGGAAGCAAUCAAUUUUAAGUCAUUAAAAACACAAAAAACUGAAUGCAAAUGGAACAAGAUUUUCUCAACCUUUAGUAGGGUUAUUCUCUCUAGAGACCCUGAGCCAACUUUCCAAUUGACGCAUACAAGGGCUCACAAUGUGGCUUUCUCGGGUCCCUCAAGCUUUAGGUUAUGAAGACUUGAUACACAAAAAAGUCAACAAAAACCACAAAGCUAGAAUCUUUUUUUCCCCCGCGGGCUGGCUGGGGCGGACCAGACGGCUGGACUUUAGCAGCCCCAACCUGGCCUCCAGAUGCAGUCUUUUUACCUGUUCUGUCUGAUGAGAACUUAAACUAGCUUGUUUACAAGACGACGACAGUCCAAGGGCAGCCUUGGGCCCCUGCCAUGUCCCUCCCUUUCCGACAACCCACUCUGACCUUGGAAAUUUGUUCUCGCACUUUUCCCUUCAGAGCUCACACAGGGGUCACCAUCACGGCCAGCAACUUUCUGGUUCACAGUCCUUUGGGGCUGAGGGCCUAGAGGACAGAGAGAUGGACAUGCAUUCUUCCCUCCCCUGUCCCUCCCCAAGUGCUCACACAUAGUCUCGCCCCCGCGCACAGAUGAGGUGCCCUCCCUCUGCUGCCAUCUGUCAGCCUAGGCAGUGUCAGGCUGGACUGGCCUCUGAGCAGAUGAGGAAAGUGCUGGUCCUGGGGGAAAAUAGUUACCAUCCCCAGACUCCAGCCCCUUUCUUCAGCAAAAGAAAAUGUAUGAGUGGCUUCCAGGGGGUAUCUGUCCUUGGCCACACCCUUGUCCAGUCCCGGGGGCAGGUGGCGGUGUCUGUACGUAUGUGUACAUAUGCACAUAGACCUUAGAGUGUAUAUUUAACGCCCAUCUGCUCACCCACGCCCACCAGCGCACCUGGCAGGAGGCAGGUGUGUGAAUAGCAUAUAUUUUUACAUGUACUAUAUCUAGGUGUGUGUACAAGUGUGUGUAAAAAUAUAUACCUUGUGUGUAAGCAGCCCCCCCCCCUUUUGGUUGCCCUCCCAACCCGUCAGCCCAGCCUCUUGAGUUUUUUGUUCUGUUGUAAUUUUUAUCCCAAUCCUCCUCUCUCUCCUGUCCCCCACUCCUAUUCCCAGGGUGUCCUGAGCCCUGAGCUGCAAAGGCCCAGGCCUGUAGAGCGGAGUAGGGAGGGCAAGACUGGGACAGGCCGCCUGGCAGGGGCAGAACCCAGUAGACAGUUUGGCAUACCAGGGGCUGCUGUAUACUGUGCAUACGACUCUAGGGCAUUGGGAACAUCCUCUUGUCCAGCGCAUGCUACAGGGGUCCCCCAGGUAAAGCAAGGGCCUGCUCUGGGGCCGCAUUUCAGCUUGGUUGCCCCUCUGUGACCUUGGGCAAGUCACUUGACCUCUGUGUGCCUCAACUUCCUCCUCUGUAAAAUGGGGACAGACCCUGCCCCUCCCUACCUCACAGGCAUGAUGUGAGAAUAAAUGAGGUAACGUGUA